AUGUGUCAGUUUGGUGGCCUUUUCUUUCUUAAUCAAUGGGCAGCCGAAAGGAAAAGUCUAUCCUCAAAGGGGUUUGAGGCAAGGCAACCCCCUCUCCCCUUCUUAUUUCUGUUUUGUGCAGAGGCCUUAUCCUGUUUAAUCCAGAAAGCAGAGUUGGAAGGAAAAAUUAGUGAGCUGGGUUUUGGGAGUAAUGGCCCUUCGGUGGCACACCUUUUUUCCGCUGACGAUAGUAUUUUGUUUAUGGGUGCUAGUGUUGAGGAGGGCAAUGUGGUGAAAAACAAUCUGGAUAUUUAUUCAAAGGCGUCGGGUCAGAAAGUCAAUUUUAACAAGUCCGAAGUUUACUUCGGAAAAUUGGUGAGCUCUCUUGACUAUCAACAACUUGCUGGCUGUUUUGAUGUUGCUGUCAAUAACCACUUCCAAAAGUACCUUGGAACGCCUUGCUUUGUGGGAAAGAAUAAGAAAGACAUAUUCAAAAGUAUAAAGGAUCGUAUUUGGAACAAGUUAAAAGGGUGGAAACGGUCUUUAUUCUCGGUUGCUGGGAAGGAAGUUCUAAUCAAAUCAGUGAUCCAAUCAAUCCCUAAUUACGUCAUGUCUUGUUUCAAACUCCCAAAGAAUUGCCUUAAUAGUAUCCAAAGUCUCAUGGCUAGAUUUUGGUGGGGUUCAACGGAAAAGAAGAAAAGGAUUCAUUGGAGUAAAUGGUCGUAG